CUGAAGACAUAUUGGAGUUGCCAUCACCUUCUUUAGAUAUCAAACUUGCGAAAUUUCUAGUGGCCGCAAUAGUUGCAAGGGUAUCUGCUAUCAUUUUAUCACCAUCCUGUUCUGUCGGUGUUGGGGAUCGAACUUUUUCACGCCUUCUAUCCCUAUCGCGAUCGCGACUUCUUGAUCUGCUCCUUUCUCGACGUCUGUCCCUGUCCCUGUACCUGUCUCGAGAUCUACUCCUUUUUCUAUCUCGCCUGUCUCUAUCUCGAGACCUAGAUCUGUCUCCUCGUCGUUUAGAGGACCCCAUUGUUGAUAAACUCACUAAAUUAUAUUCAUCAAGCGUUGAUGAACUUCGCUAAAACUGCCUUGAUAAUUUCCUAGUGGCUUCUUUUUAACAACUAAAUUCGAUAACAAUUUAGUAUAUCUAUUUUUUGAUUAAUAAAAGCCGUAUUUCACAUUUAAACUUGUAAUACAUAUUGUAUGAUGUAUGUAAAACGUUUUACCAAAACAAUUUUUUUACGAAGUGAAAUAAUUAAAUGAGAGGUAAGAAAUAUCUGGAGCUGGAGAAGUCACCAUAUACCAACAUCAAAACUCGAAACCAAAACCUUUCAGAACAGAAAUCGAACAAUAUCUUUGUUCGUUUAUAUUCAUCGGGUUAAAAAAAAUGACAGGCUGAAAGUCAAUUACUAUUUUACCUCUUUGUUUAAUUUCUUAAUAUAUGAAUGUUUCCCUUUUUAAAAUAUAUACUGCUUUUUAACUAACAAAACGCAAAUCACUCUGAACUGUAAAAUAGAACAAACUAUUUAUGUUUAAUACGUAGACCUAGUGUAGAUUAGAGUUGAUAAUUACUGUUUAGUAGUUUUUAUUUUUAUUUUAUUUCAAGUGUAAUUAUCAUACAAGAAAAAUAUUAAAAUGAAUAUGGUUCAAUCGAAAGAUAAUUUUACUUCUGUUCUACCAUUAAAUACUGUCAAAUGGUAUCAAAAUGAAAACGUGGUGGUUCUAGCUAUUAUAGUUGAUCUGUUCGAUAUUUAAUUAUAUACGGGGGGAUCGGCCAUCAAGAAUAUAUUUGAGUGAUUGGAAAAACCGUCAAAGAGAAUGGAUCGAUUAUCUCAGAUGUCUAAUUUCCGUGUUCUGUAGUUCUGUGAAAUUGUUGUGGUUAUGUUUGAGUGUUUAUUUGUUAUUUUUGUAAAUCAAUAAAUCAAUAUAAUUUGCAAAAUAUGUGUGGUUUAAAUAAUGUUUUUUUACUAAAAACUUAAAAUGAUCUAACAUCCGAAAUUCAUCAAUGGCUAAGAAUAUACAAAUAUUUUUUGUAUAUAAUACUAGUAGAAAUGAAAUAGAUAAUGGAUUGGAAAGUAUUUUGUAUUUCUACCCUGAAUGGGUUUCAGAUGAUCAAAAAGGCGCUUUAUGUGGUCAAAUUAUCGGAACUAUUCAGUGUAUGAAAAAUCUGUUUUCCAAACCCGACAUAAUAUCAUUACAGAAUGGAAAAUUUCUAGUUAUUGAAUCCAAAAAAGUAUAUUUCGUGUUAGGUACAGACAAACAUGCACCAACUAAAUUUUUGCAAUACAUCGCUAAAAAUUUGUACUCUACUUUAAAAUUUUUCCAUCUGGAUAUCGAUAUUUUGGACAGUGUUUCAAAGAGCAAUGGCACCCUACAGAAAUUGCAUAAUAUUCUUGAUGGAUACUUGAAAAUAUUAAAUUUUUCUGGAAAAUUAUGUUCCCAGACACCAGGAACAAAGAAAUUGAAUGAUAUAUUUAUUGAAGCAAUACAAAUUUUGGAAUGUUGUAAAACCACUAAGCAUGUCCUAGGAGGGAUCAUUGUAUACCGCAAUAGAUUAAUCGCCACACAAGUUUGUACAUUGCUAACCCAAUUACUUGUACUGUCUGGAACGGGUAAUGUUCAAUACCCACCUAUUCAAAAUAAUUUGCCAUUUGGCCUAUCAUCGGAAGUUCAGCUUUAUGAAGUAUUUAUAGCCCAUAAAGAAUAUUCCAAGUUGCUCAAAGAGGUUAAAGAAAGUAAUAUUUUUGAACAAUUAAAUGCUGUAGGAGGAAUUAAAAAGAAACCUCCAAAAAUUCCACAAAAAAAUACCGACAAUUCCGUUUUGUCGGUAAUGAAACGAGAACAAUCUUUAAUAUUCACAUCAGUACCAGAAGAAGAAUCUUUACCGGUAUCCAAACAACCCCCAACGUUUUCCACGACAACAAAAAAAAAUCGACCUCGUUUUCUAAAUCUCGAAAGCACCGUCUCGAAAAAACCUUUAAAACAAUUCAACAUUCCACAUUCGUCCAGCCAAAUCAUCGUUUGCAACACUCCUCUACAAGAACAGAAAAAAAUCGUACAUUUCAAUCCGCUAUUGAUCUGCAACAACGAAAUUUUGCACCAAAAAAAGGAUUCCAACGGAAAGGUUUUUCAAAGAAAAGAAUCCUGCACGACAAAUUCCAUUCCAUUCGAAAGAAAAUCCGUUUAUUACAAAACCCUCGCCGAUCCGAUUUACCCUCAUUUCAAGCCGGACGGGACCUCGAUGUCCCGCUACUUAUUCGAAGAAACCCGCCUUAGAGAUUCGCACGUUUGUAAAAGUUACGAAGAUUUGGAUUUGCCGAAAAAGAUUCCGAACGGGAAAAUCGGGCCGAUCGGGGGAAAGAUGUCGGUCUUGCCGAAAUCCAACAGUUUUUUUAACUGCAAAUUCAAAGCGAGCAAAGAUGACAAAAGCAAAAAACCGACGAUGCCGAAACCGAAUUUCGAUUUCCAGUAUAAGUGUAGGAAAAAUGGCGAUUCGGAUGCUUCAGAUACGAUUCAUAAAUGUCUUCUCUUUAUUUGGCAACACGAAGAUAUCGCCUUGACGAUGAUACUAAAACGAGACGCCUGCGAAGAAAAAGAGACGUUUACAUCAUUGGAAGACAUUUGCACGAAACACUUAAGCAAAUUGGAACGUAAAAUGCGGAACAAUAUCCAUUUGCAAAACGUGCAACAAGAAAAAGAAUUGAACAAGUUCAUUAUUCUGGAUUCGUAUUCCCAAUUCGGAUACCAAGACAUGUUGUGGAACGGCACCGAUGACGAAUGGCGAAAUUUAAACUAUUUUAAUCGAGAACUGAAUAGCGUAAAUUUAAGCGAAGUAUUAGUUAGAUGCGAGGACAAUGUAUUGUACGGCUAUCAUUGCGGGCCGACGAAAAUCUUUUACAGCGAGACGAGCGUUUGUAAUGGAGGUUUACCGCUACCCACCGACCCUUUGGGUAUCAUGCAAAUUAAGGCGAAACGUCGAUUGGAGCGAGACUGUGCAUUUGUUUUGUUAUAAAACUUUUUUUAUGUAUAUUACUACUCUCUUAUUAUUUACGUGAAUCAAUGUAGUAA